UGGGACCUUGCAUUGCGAUUCAACAAACAGUAUCUAUAAGGCCCCUAACGUGUAUAGAGUUAUUAGAAGAGAAAGAGAUCGGUUGCGCGCGCAAAAAAAAAAAGAUAAAAAAAAAGGCCCACACUGUAUUAGUGAGAGAGAAAGAGAGAGAGAGAGAGAGAGAGAGAGCGUGCCAUUCGCUGGUACGUCUGGCACUGACUUGACAGAGACCAAAAUCAUUAGGGUACCACGCAGGUGGGGAGUGAUUUAACAAUCAAGACACCCUCACUUCCCAAAAGAUCAUUCACCUAACGGUCAUCGUCGCAUUGACACCUUUCGUUUCUUUUUUUUUUUUUUUAAUCCGUGCGCUACUAUACAAGCAGGAGAUUCUUGCGGUUAUCAGUUUCUUUUUCAAGGGCAUUAAUUUUUUUUUUUUAUUGUGAAGUUUAUUUUCAUUUAUUUUUUUUUAUUGAAAACUUAUUGUGUUAAACAAUAUUGACAUUUAGUGAAAAAAUUUCUGAUUGUAAUUGGAAGAUUUCAAUUAGAAUAAUUGAUAAUAAUAGUGAUACAAAACAAAUGAUUAUGAAUAAGGACUGUGAUUGAAUUUUCUUUUUUGAAAAAUUUAUGUGCCUUUAGAUCAAAAAUCUUUGGAGGAUUGUGUUUUUUUUUUUUUUGUUAAUUUUGAAUUAAUAAGUGAUAAUUGAAUUUUUUUCAAAAGUGACUGAUGGAUAAUAUUUGGAAUUUGUGUUUAUAAAAUAAUGGUGAUUUUACAAUUAGUGAAUAUCAAAUAUUUCUUGUGAGGAUUUCACGAUUUUUUUUUUGAAAAUUGGGAUUUUUGAAAUAAUUGCGAAUUAAGCAGGAAAUAAAAGAUGAAUCAGCAAUGUAAAGUGUGCGGGGAACCUGCAGCAGGUUUCCACUUUGGUGCAUUCACCUGCGAGGGCUGUAAGUCCUUCUUUGGUCGCUCCUACAACAAUUUGAACAGUAUAUCGGAAUGCAAAAACGGAGGAGAAUGUGUGAUAAAUAAAAAAAAUCGAACGGCCUGCAAAGCAUGUCGACUCAGAAAAUGUCUCUUGGUUGGAAUGUCAAAAUCCGGUUCAAGAUAUGGUCGAAGAUCAAAUUGGUUCAAAAUCCAUUGUCUUCUUCAGGAACAACAACAGCAGCAGCAGCAACAGCAUCAUCAUACAAUUCAAAAUCAACAGCAAAGGCCAAAUCCAACAAGUCCAGUUGCAAUUCAUCAUCAUCAUCAUCAUCAUACACCACGAAAGGACGAUGUUCUUCUCCUUGGACUUGAUGACUAUAAAAAUUCCACAUCUCCCAGUAUUAGUUCACCGGAAUCGCACAAUAGUGAUAGUUCAAUUGAGGUUUCAGAAAGGAGAGCCGCCUAUGGACAUCAUCAAAGUUUUAGACCACUUCAUUCACAUAUUCAUCAUCCUUCGGAUUUAUCAACCCUGGGAAAAGAGAUUAUGGGUCUACCACUUGGUUUUCAUCUCGGUGGUAUGUCACUAUUACCACCUGCUUUCCUUCCACCUCCAAGUUUAUCAAUGUUCUCACCAUAUCAACUCUAUGCAUCAUCUCAUGGUGCCACUCAUCCUUUAUUGAAUCAUUCGACUCUUCAACAAUCACAAAUUGGUAAUACACGACAUUCGUCAGACAAUGAAAAUUGCACCAAUAAUAAUGAUCGAUUGACGCAAAAUCACAAUAAUACAAGAUCAAAUACACCGGAGAGUGAUGAACAUGAGGAAUUGUAUUCGAAACGAUUUUAUCUUGAUGGCAUGGUGAAGAAUGAGAGAUCAACAUUGUCCGAGAAAACACAAUCGGAACUUGACUCACCACCUGGAAGUCCAGAUCCAGAUAAUGUUCCACCACCACAAGACAAUCCUAUGGAUCUUUCUAUGAAGACGGUUGUGGUGGCAUCAAUGAAACAUUCAAGAAGUAGUGAAUAUCUUGAUGUAGAUAAUGAUGAUGAUGAUGAUGAUAAUGAUGAUGAUAAUAAUGUCAGUGACAGGGACAGUCCACCACUGAAGAGAAGACACGUGGCUAUUGAUCUUACAACACGUACUUAAACAUUCUUUUGUACUAAAGGUACUAAAGGAGAGCUAUGUAGAAAAUCUCUCGAAUCUGUGAUUGAAGCUAAUGAAGCUUAACAGUGGUUCUAAAGAAUUUUAUAAGAAUUCUGAUUUUCAUAAUGGUGUAUUAUGGAUACUUUUAUUCUUCGAAAAUCAAAUCCUUUUCUGAUCGAAUGAAAAUAUUUUGCCCCAAUGGAACAAAACGACUAUACACAUGUUUCUUGUACUUGUAAAGAUUAAAGAUUCUCUGCAGGAAUUUCGUCAAAAAUUCUUUGUAAAAAUUAUGCAAAUUCAUUUUUGACAAUAUAAUUAGGAAAUAGAUUAAAUGAGGGCUUUUUAAAAUAGAUUUCACAAAUAUUUAACGGAGAAAAUUGAAUAUUGAUAUAUCUGAAUGUUAAAGGUUAACAUUUUAUUUAUCCUUUAAUAUCAGGACAAUUAUUAAAAAAAAUUUUAAUUUAAAUAUCUCUAAUAUUAAUUAUUAUUCUCUAUCCGGUAAGAAAAUUAAAAUUAAAUUCUCUUUUUGUCCAUAAAUAUACAAAUCGAAUUUCUAGAAGAAAUUUAAAUAUUCUUUUCUAUUCCCAACCGUGAUGUAUAUUUUGUCUUAUUUUUGUAAAAACUUAUCAAUUUUUACUUAAAUAUUAAUUGAAAUUAUGUUUUAGUUGUUAUAGAGAAGGAAUUUUAUUUUUCCAAUAUCUCGUUGGAGAAUAAAAAUAUUAAAAAACUUUUAUACUUCUUAGCAGGGUUUAAUCUAAAAAUAAUUCCCCAUGACAGAAGAAAUGAAACCUAACCUCUAAUUUUCAAAGUUUGUUGAAAUGCAUAACUUUUUUUAUGCUACAGAAAUUGAUUUUAGCGAAUAUAAAUUUUAAUAUUAUAAAGUAAACUUAAGGUAUAUUUUUGAACUUUUAUAUUUCUUAACAUUUACCUUAGAAAACUAAAAAAUUAAUUUAUGCAGAUACGUUGUUAUAAAGAAACAGACUAAAAUGGCGAAACAGACUCGUGACCGUUGCGCAUCCGUUUUGAACAUUGUAUUUAAUAUUUUCAAUAGUAUAUUUAAAUUAAAAAUUUUCUUUUAAUAUCCAGUUUUCUUCGUUAAUUGUAAAACUAUUUAUUAAACAUUAAAUAGUUAAAAUAGUUGAUAAUAACUGAAAACAUCGAUACAGGUUGUGAGAAUUAUUAUGUAAAAGCAGUUUUUUCUUUUUUUUAAUAUUUUUUUUUUUUUUUAAUUAUCAAUCUGUAGAAUAUGUUUAAAGUCUAUCUGAAGUCAUGUUCAUUGAUAAAUAUAUAUGUCAAGGGAGCAAGCACAUGUUCUCAGUGUAUUGUGUAUUAAGGACUAAGCCGAAAACACGUGUCGAAGUGCGAAGCACAUUAUCUUACAAGUCUUCGAUACCACUAUACCAAUGUAAACUCUACAUCUUUGAGUCUCCUUAUUCCACUUUAAACAAAAGCAAACUAAAUUUCAAAAUUUCCGUUUUUUUUUUAAUUUAAAAAAAAAAGUUUCCAAAAAUUGUAUUUCGCCAUUAUUAUUAUUUGAAAAUUUCUUUCAUGAUAUUAAGAAAAAAAUUUAAAUAAUCAAAAUUUUUUUUAAUUUAUGAAAACAAAAAUUUUAAUUUAUUUCUUCAAGUGAAAAAUAGAUUUUUUUUUUUGGUUUCGAAAAGAAAGUAAAUUUAAGGUAUAUUUUUAAGAAAAAAUUUUGUAUACCUUUUUUUUUAGAAAGAGAGAUGAUAUCAAAGAAGAGACAAGUGGUUUUAAUCUUGUUAUAAAAACAAGCGAAUUUCUGUACGAGCAUUUUAUCCACAGAUACAAGAUCGUCAUUCAGAACACAAGUUCCCUUUUAACGCGCGCCGGAUCUCAAGGAGUAACCGAUUUGUAAGACAUGGUUCUUCCCUCAUACCUUAUUGUAUGAUGUUUCAGAAUUUAUUCUCCGAAUGCCGUGCGAAAAACAAAAGAAAUUAAAAAAGAAAAGAAAAAAAAAAAAAAAACAAUAAUUAACAAGUGCAGAAUUAUAAUCUGGCUCGUGGAGAAUAUUUUUACAAAAAUUAUUUCGAUUCAAGAUUCAAAAAAUAUUCUUCACAUAAUUAUAUGGAAAUUUUUUUAUUCCAUAAAUAAUUUAUUUUCUUUCUUUGAAAAAAAAAAAAAUUGUAAAAAAAAAAUUGAAAUUUUUCUCAACCUUUUGUAAAUAUUUGAGAAAAUAAAUUGUACAUAUAAUUUUUUUUUUCUAAAAAUUCCCUUUUUUAAAUAUAAGAAAUAUUUAAGUAAAUCAUCGAAUUUUUCCACAGAAAGAAUUUUUUUUUUUUAGGUAUAAUAAGUUACCAAAUUGGUUUUGAUGAAUUUAAGUCAAUGAAAGGCCAGUAUUUUCACGUUACCUUUUUUGUAAUUAAAUAUGUAUAAUUAUUUAAAUUGAAUCUAAAUUCGGACAAGUGUAUUAUUUUGUGUAAAAAGCAUUUUUUUUUUGACUCUUACUGUGAGGAAUCUCUGUCUUAUAAUAAAAUGACGUUGUUAAAACAGGGUCAAAUAAUUGUAUAUAUAUAUACCUAUAUGAUUGAUAAAUUUUAUGCGACUAUAAGGGGACGGAGGCCAGUUUUUUUUUAUAAUAUAUAAAAUAUGUAAAUAGAAAAAUAAAACGUGCGUUAAUGAUAUGGUCCGUUGCAUUACAAUGUGAUUUGUUAUACGCUCUGCUUGUAAAUUAAAUUCAAUUUGUUUGGCAAUAUUUGUAAAAUAAUUUAUGUAUUUUCUUUAAUUUUUUUUUCUACGAGAAAGCUAAUGUGUACAAAAACAAAAACAAAAAAAAAACGACUGGAAAUUUAUAUAUUUUUAUUUAUAUAAAAAUAAGAUAUAUUUCAUAUUUAAUGAAAAUUAUGCGGUGCCAAAAUUACAAACGUCAAUCAUUGUUAUAAGAGAGGAUCGAGAUUUAUAAAAAUUAUUCUAAGUUAUUAGCAAUGAAGACUUUCGAAAAAUAUAUAAAAAGUUUUAUUCAAA